UGGCCGUCGCGUAAACUCCUUGCGCAGAAGAGGAGAUAGAUUGUUGAUUUUUUUUAUUGUGUAUUGUUUUUUGUAUGUUAAGAUACAAAGCUCGUUUUCGUUGUUGUUGUUGUUGUGUCGUUUUUGUGCACUUAUUUCGUUGUGCUGCGCCGGAUUCCGCGCGUCUGUCUGUUUGUGUACGUGCUGUGGCGGCGACUGCUGCUGCUCCUGCUUGAAGCGCAUAAGCGCUGACGUUCGAUUCUGAAUGAACGAUUUUUAUUUAAACUGUGGAAUGUUCCGGAAAUGUGUGGCUGUCAUCUGUUCUCUGGAAGCGAGAGAUAAUGGAAAAGAUAAUCCUGGAUUGCUUUGAUUAAUGAGAAACGCGAAUAUUCGACACCGCAUAAAUCCCGGCGACCUGUCGAAAUAUGGCGACGAAAGGUGAAUGAAUAUCGAAGAUAAGAGCGCUGAAGCGUUGUUACGUGAGUGAAGUGGUGCGCGUGUUUGGCAACGGACUCGUCGAAUUUGAUGCACGAUACGAAGCAAUGGAGUGUAACGAAGAAGAAGAAUAAGUGUUUGAUUCUUAUCAGUUGAUGCAAUUUCAUUUGCAGUUAAUGCCGAAGUGAAUGUCAGUGGAACACCGGUCCCAAAAAGCCAUGCCUACUUGUUGAUUGUUUGGUGUGCCUUUUCCGUGGAAGUUAAAUAGCACACGCGAAAUAGCGUUGCACUCAUAAAAAAAACUGUGUGAAGUGUGGAUAAAAUCGAAAAAAAAAUUAUCGCUGGUCUAUCAUCGACUGAAAGAAGAAAAAGCGUGGAAAAAAUGGUUGAAUAAAUAACAGUGCGCCCCGUGUCCAUUGUGUGUGUUCAUGGAACCGUUCGAAAGCGGGAACUUUAGUACACAAAAUUGUGCGGUGAAGCGCAGCAUGAAGACCGAAAACCACACCGUUCGUUGGUCGAUUCAAUGAAAUUGGUUUCCCAAAGCGCCCUGGAAAAACUCAAUUGAAUUAACCAACCAACCGUUGUGCGAAUCAUUGGUGCGAGGAGAAGCCGCCGUGUCGGGCAAACAGAAGGCAAACAAACUAUAUAUAUAUAUUCAGUGUGUAGGGUUUUCGUGAAUCACGCCGCUAGAUGCCACCACAGAUCUUGCCUUCCAAGAUGCAAUCCCGCGAGCAUCCGUUCAAUCGUUCGACGCGUCCUUUGCUGGAGCGUCGAGCCAACAUGGCGCAGCCACAGGUGCUCAGCAGUAAGCAAAGCAACGCCAAGAAAGUCAACCCGACCCGUGGGUACAAUGACUUCAACCUUAUUACCCAACAGUACGAGAACAUCAACUCCAACAACGGCUAUCCAUACGGUAGCCCACCAUCGCCGACGUCGACCCACCUCAAUAACUACGACUUCCAGUUUUCGGACGUGAAUGGGCCUCACUACAGGCCGGUGGCACCGGUCGCAAACUUUUUCAACGCUAGCACUAACCGCAACAACAGUGACCAUGAGGAUGACGACGAUUAUGACGAGCUCGUGUACCGGCACAACCAGCUCAAUGUACACGGAGGAGGAGGAGGAGUGGUUGUUGGUACGGCAAAUGUGGCUCGACGGCGUCUGAUCGAUUUGCCUGUCGACGCUAGAAGAUCACCACCGCCACCGAUUCCGCCGCAACGGAUCAUCCCAGUGGAGACUGUGCCGCCUCCGCCACGCGGCGAUACCCCCGAGAACGAGGGACCUUUCGUGUUUGGCGUUCAUCAUCCGAACACGUUCACACCGGCCUACGAUAAAGCCAAGGAUGUCGUCAACAGUCCCAACUCGUCCAUGCAGAACAGCAGUGAUAUUAGCUCUAGAAAUACGUCACCCAGCGGAAAGGAGAGGCGAGCGCUGGUGAAGGGGAAGAAAAAUUCGAAGCGUACCAAAAAAGACAAGAAAAAACGACCGGAGAAGGGCGACGACGAAAAGCGGAAGGAAUCAUCCCGGUCGGCCAAAGAACCUCCGAACGUGAAGUGCGUCCUCGUCGGGGACGGUGCCGUGGGAAAGACUAACCUCAUUGUGUCCUACAUCCAGGAUCGGUUCACCCCGGAGUACGUUCCGACGGCCUUCGACAAGUACAACGUGGACGUUAGCGUCGAUGGUCGACCGAUCUGCGUGACGUUGUGUGACACCGCCGGCCAGGAUGCGCUGGAUCCCCUCCGGCAGCUGUGCUAUCCCGGUUCCGAUGUGUUCCUGCUCUGCUUCUCGGUGGUCCAGCCGGAAUCGUUCCGCGCCGUUGCAACCCGAUGGGAGCCGGAAAUUGCCAAACUGAAAGCCUCACUAGUUCUGGUGGGAACGCAGUCGGAUUUGCGUAAUGAUCAGAGCACGGUUCUGAAGUUGCAGGCCCAAGGCGAGAAACCUGUCCCCGUGUCGGCGGCUUGGGAUUUUGCCCGCAAAAUUGGAGCCAAAUACAUCGAGACUUCCUCGCACAAAAAAGAACGAAUCAAGGAAGUGUUUGACACCGCCAUCUGGGAUGCCCUGCAAGCGCGUGAAUUCGACCGGAAGCGACCCCUUUGGAAGCGAAUGCUCUGUCUCACCUGUUGAGAGGCGGGAGAGGGAGCGUCGUAAGGAAAACAAGAAUCAAUCACAUGAGACUGGGGUAACUUUUCUGUUUAUCAGAUUAUAUAGAUUAUUUUUCUGUCUAGCGGGAUAUUUCCGCCUUCUGUAAAGUUGAUUUUUUGUAUGAAUAAUAUUAUUAUCACACUUUUGGAAAGUUUUAGUGAAUAGCUCUAGCUUAACUUAUUACUGUAGCGACUUCACAAUGCUCUGAACAUCACGAUGUAUAGAUUUAACAGAACGUUUAAAGGUCUUCCAAAAACAUGAAUAUGACAAACUGAGCGGAAGAUAGAAAAAUGAAAUUCUAGGAAACCUGAAAUGUAUAAUUUUGUUCAAAAAAAUACUUAUGAAAGACAAACACUUCUCACUUCAUCUCGCCAACUUGUAUCGAGCAGAUGACAGUGGAGGUUGACUGACAAUAUAUUGAAACAUUUAUCAAGCUUC